AUGUCAGCGAAUUACAAUGCAUCCUUUUCUGGCUCAAAUGAAGGGGUUCAGAUUGGAGUCAACAAUGGCAGUCUCAAUACAGGAGGGACGUACCACCUAGCAGAGCAAUUCCAAGCCUUCAACACUCAAGGUGGGGCUGUCUUCAGUGGCAAUAUCACGGCAAACCGGGACGUGAACAUCACUCAUAUCAACGAAAUUCGACCAAUAGCUCAGUCACUUUAUACGUCUUUAUUCAGUUCAUCUGAACUUUUCAAUCAGAUUCGAAACGAGCUUGGCCUUUUUGUGUCCAUCCUUAACGUGACCGAAGAACACACCCAGAGGGCUCAUGCGAAAAGUAACCAUUUUACAGAGCUAAAAGACACUUUGGACAACUGUAAUGGUGUUCUGCAUGAUCUUUCAAAGUUGAAAGAUCACUUCGAUACUGUCGGUCCUCAAACUCAGGUCACCUGGGAAAGAAUGGGCUGGGCCGAAGUUGAAAUAGCAGACAUUAGAUCAAGGCUUUCGGUAUACAUUAACGUGCUAAACGUUCUGAACACUCAGAUUAUACAAUCCUCGCAGGAUAAUGUGGAACGGAUGCUGAAAGCUUUCAUGAACGAGAUUCGCACUGGCAGACGCGAAUCAUCCAUUAUUUCAAUUGUCUCCACUGGAUCGCUUUCAGAAAGUGAGGAAGUGGAAUGGAGACAACUUCGCAAGGAGCUACAAAGUAUCGGGAUUACCCCAGAGAUAUUCUCCUUGAACCGUGACUUCAUUCACACCACCUUGCGUGCUUUAUCACAGGGCGAGUUUGGAAAUCUCGGUAACCUACCAACAGUAGAUGAAGACGUCUCCACACCGGCCGGUUUUUUUAGCCCUGGCCCCAAUGCCCCCGAAAUCUCUUUCACUCCACGCCCAUCAUCACAGGACGACUACUCAUCGUCUCAAGAUCCCAUGUCUCUUCCAAAACCGACUCCUAGCAUCUAUUACCAACCUCAGAAAAACCAACGAAUAUCGGACACCACGCUCUCUCCGAGGGCUUCUCAGACGAGCCUGGAUGAGCUCGACAAAGCAGAUAUGGCGAAUGGACACUCCAACAACAGUGGCAUGUCGAUGAGAUUCCCCACAAUGAAGCGAAAAAUCUCCGAUAUUUAUCAUGAUGAGCUUUACAAUCCUUCCAUCACGGCUGCGCCGAUAAGUAAGUCUGUGGGUCAGAACAUGAUGGCUCCUCGCAACACCAUCCUCGACCAACUGCAGGCUGGAAAUCAGGGCCACCUACCUACCGAGUCUAGAUUUCCUGUCACGUGGAGACCACCUGGAAUUCCCAAUGCCGCAUUCCAAGGCCAGGGUACACCAUCCGAGGCUCCGGACGUUUCUACAGGAGCUGAAGCCGUGUCCAUAUCCCAGUAUGGGUUUGAGCAUGAUAGCAUGCAAAACAAUACAUCGCCUUCAUUAGUACCACGAAAUGACUACGAAAUCGCUGGUGCGGAUAGCGAUGACCCUUUUCAGGAUGUAGCCGUGCAAGAAGGGAUGUUUUCUUUGCAAGAUAUAAAUAAUACAUCUGUCAACUAUGCAAAACACAGGAUCCACCGAGGCGGCCGGUUUCACCCAAUCAAUUGCGACGACGCUGCGCUGGGCAAACUAACAUCCUCAGAUAACCCGAAAUCAGAAGGUGUUAAACUGCUCAAUCGUGCUAUUUCCAGUCCCACCUCCCGCCAGUUCAACGAAGUCAGCUCUGGAGUCAGCAAAUCAGUCGGUUUAUAUCCAUUAACCGCGAUGACGCUGUGCCGGGCAGUCUCCCAUCUUCAGAUAAACCGGGAUCAGAUGAUGAAUCGUUUACUCGUGCUAUCCCCGGGUUAUCUUGAAGCAAUUUCAGUUCGACAUUCCUACCUCCCGCCACCCGAAUGUAGUCGGCUCUGGAUUGAGCAAGUUAUUCAGUUCAUCCCCAUCAACCGCGAAGAAACUGCGCUGGACGAAACCACAACUUUGAAUAAUUUGGAGCCAAACGAUGUUGAAGAGCUGCUGAAGGAAGGUUUUCUAGAAACGACCUCUAUUGAUACAUGGAGCAGCUGCUCUUGGUCAUGGCGUUCUUUUGGGCGGGACUUAUAUCUUGAGGCGCUGUCAACCCUACAUCUGAAAGUCAACCCUACAUCUGAAACUAAGGCGAAUUACAAUUUAGAGUUUGCGUCAGCCCUGGAGAGGGAACAGGCAGUUUGUUCUUAA